AUGUAUCAGUCCAGUAGCCAUAAUUCACAUAACUGCCAACAAUAUUCCAUGGGAAACUGCUCGUUAUGUAAACAUGAAGAAUACGGGAACGAUUGUUUACGAAAUGAAAAUGACAGCCAGGCUGGUGCCACAUUCCAAAACAUCUAUAAUAUGUCAAAUUCUUUGUCUUAUCCCCUUUUGAGCGGAGAAUAUCAUACUUCAAUAACGAAUAAUGUCAACCCUCAUAAUGUGAUAUCUAUAGAUAGAACGCAGUCAGAAAAUACAACCGGUUAUGAUGCAACAGUUUUGAUGAAUGACAUAAGAGAAUAUGGAUGGCCAUUUUUUGAAAAGUCCACAUCUGCUUUUUCUUUAUGUUCUCAUGCAAAAUCAAAUUUUAGUUCCAGUUAUCGUGAUUGUCGUCUGCGUUAUAUUAAGCAAACGAGGAAAUUACAAAAGUACUUACGUGUUACUCCUGAAGGACAUAUAUUAGUAAACAAUCCAAAAAUUGAACAUCAGCUAUAUCAAAACACCCAACAACCACAACAACAACUGUCAGGUAAUCAUUCCUAUAAUCAUUCAAAAAUUAAUACUUUUGAGUGCAAGAGCAAUUUAAACAAGUUGACAACAAAUGAGCAUGAACUGUGCAAUAAUCCAUUUGGUUCGCUUAUUAGUACACCAAAAAUUAAGCGUAUAUAUGCAGCCUUCUGGAAUCUAGAACCACGUGAAAGUAUUACUGUACGCAAACUUCAGGUAUCAUCGACAACACCGUUAAUCACAACAACGUCAACAAUGACAACGACAUCAGAAUCAGCUAAUCAAUCAGAAACUAGUAUAACAGAAACAACUUCCGACUAUUAUAUAAACGGUUGCAAUCAUUUCAAAAAUAAUGAACAAGACGAUGAUUUAAAAUCCACAUUGCAUAAUAUUAUAUCUGUUGAUACUCAGUUAGAACCAUUAAUGGAGAAUUCUGUAAAUGACAGUAGUGGGAUGUCAGACCCAGUUUUAGAACUGAACUAG